UCCAUGGUAACAGAAUACAACAAAAUGCUUGCGGAAAUUGGUGGUAAACGAAUCACAAGCGCGAGAGGACGCGAAUCUUCAAUAAAUUCUUUGGUGAACACUCCAGGAUCUCCAAUUCCAAAUUAUGAACAAGGAGGGAAAAGUGCAAGGCAACCGUGCCGAGAGCCACUUGCAAGGUACGGAUGACGCGCAACACACUUACGAAUGUUCAGAGGCGGACACUGAAACAAAACGCAAGGAAAUAAAAUUAAAUACCGGUGCCUGUUGUCAUACAACAAAUUUUGCCUUCAAUACACUGCUUCUGUUGCAAGCAGCAGCUUCAUUAAAACAGAGGGACACUGCACCAGGCAAAACUAGCAAUCAGUGUAGCUUACCUAGACCAGUUGAAAAGUGGUUGUCAAAUUCUGAGGAAGAACGUAGGCAAAAAUUGUUGGGAAGCAGCACUGAAGUAGCAGCGACCGUUAAGUCUCUGGCAGGCGACAACCCAGUACCUUUAGAAUGGUCUGAAGUUAAUCUUAAAACUAAACAGUUCCAAGUAACAGCUCUUUCCGACUCAGAACAACCCUCCAAAAUCGCGAAAGACGUUCCCAGUGACCCGGAAAUCACCGAUGUACAAGGUGCUCCACGUCCAAGGACGACCGUUCUUCCCGGUAGAGCGAUCACAAACAGCAGGAGUCACAACCGAGUGUUGGUAUGGAAUGAAAAAGAGAAGGCGUACUCGUCGGCCACGACGGUUGCUGAAUCGUGCGCAAGAACAUCACCUUGUAUCAAAACGUCCAAGGAAACACUGCGACAAUGGACGUGCCGUCAAUCAUCGCUUGAGCUGUCACCAGUGCAUCAACGGACAAACCUACUUGCUUUGCAAACAGAAAAUGGCUCGGUGCCGAGAACAAAUAAUUCUUCGCCCGAUAUGAACCAGAUGACGAUAAGACCAUCACCGGGGGCUGCUCCAUCACAGUCCUCAUCACCACAACAGAGGUCUUCGUUCUCAAACUUUAUAUCUGCAUCAUAUGCCAAUGUCAAAAUCUCCCCUAAAUCUUCUUCGAUGUCGAGCAGUAGGCCUACAUGUACACCAGUCUUCCGGCACGCACUAGAUCGAAAGAUGGGUUGUCCCUCACUGGGUGAUGGCAACUUUCAAGACGGCAAGUUCAAGACGGUUGCGUUGGUUGAUUCAGUGACAAAUAUAGCCUCGAAACAGUCACCAAGUUUACCCUGCAGGAAGACAGUCAUUGUUAUUUCUCCCAAAGGGGCAGCAAGUAAUAUGCACAACACCUCCUCAUCACCGACGAAUCCUGUCAUGUCUCCUGCUGCGGUCAAUCCAGAACGAGUGAGAGACCACACCGUUUUAAUGAAAAGCGGUGUCAUGAAACCUGGUGAGCAAGAGACAAGGGUACUACUACAUAGUCAAAAGAGAGGAGGGGUUGCCCAGUUUACCCCAUCACCGGUUACUGCAAACACCCAGAGUCCAUCAAAUGGAAAGUUAUGUCCUUCCCCCGGAAGCACCUUCAAGUCGCGAGGUCCAGGGUCGCAGCCGACAAACUUGGGGCCGGGAUUGUCAAAUCUUAACUCCCCGUGUGUGUUCUGGCCUUCAGGAGGUAGGAUUUACACUCUGGUGCCAGUAAAAAUACUUACUAAGUCCCGCCAGUCGCCGGUCAAGCAAACACUGCCAAGAUCGUUUGAGUCAGGCAUGAAUCCAACUCUGUGUAUGAUGAUGAAGCACUUCAACUACACCAUGAAAAAUUGCGACCGAUUAAUUGAUAAUCAUUUUUUGAAAAAAAUUCUUUCGAGCGAUGUGCGCGACAUUGAUGAUCUUUUCGAUGACGUGGAGUUAAGAGAGAGGAUGCAGCAACAUUUCGUACCCGACUGGCUAUUGCAGUUCAUUAUUGAGAGUGACGCUCGGGAGAAGAUGGGAAAUCAGUGGAAGGAGAGGGUCCCUUCUGGCAAAGUAGAUGGAGAUACCAGUGGCAAGCGUAACGAAACUACCGGCUCACCGAAGCAAUACUGUAUGCAACAGGCUGGAAAAAUGGCACGGGCCACUUCUGCAGAAGGGGCUUCUGUCACUCAAGAUGUGGACGAUGCGGCAGUUUUACGUCACCAUGCAGAAGAUAACAGACAUGCAGGCGCGUGCGUAUGUUCUGACAAAUCUCCAGAUGAAGUACCAAAUCAUAACAGAAAUGCCUGUAGUCACGUGGACAAGGCUCCAGAUGAGAGAAGCUCCAACUUGGAUGAGAGCAAACGUUGGAAUCGGGAUUUUUCCUGUGGCACAUCGGGAGUGACUGGGGUAAACCCUCUCAAGACGCUAUCUUCUAGAAAUCAAUCUCCAGCGCUACCUUGUCAAGAGCAGAGAAACUUCCAGUUAUCGAACAGCACGCUUAAUAACCUGGGUUUUCUUGAUUUAAUGCCCGACCGGGCACUGUGGAAUCUUCUUUUCCAUCUUUUCCCUCCGUGGAAGAAGACUUGUUUGGGGAUCGACGGUAAUGAUGUCGAGGAAUUCUUCAGAAGACACGUUGAUCUCUGCACAAGUCACAGGAAGAGCACAGUUACCAAAAGGCAAAGAUACAAGUCAGGUCAGCACCAGAGUACAGCAGCGUGUCCGAAGACGGAGGUCAGGGACGGUGAGGUGGACAAACGUAAGCGUCACAAAGAAAAGAAGACAAGUGUAGACAGAGAAAGUUCGCAAUGUAGUGAGGAGGCCCUUGAUGCUCGUAAACGGAGUAAAUCAAAAUCUAAAUCGGCAAACAGCAGAAAGGGGACUCCAAAAAAGAAACAUACCCACGGUGAUUCAUACAGAAAGGGAACGAGUCCGGCGCAGAUGGAACUACACGCAAGAGAAAAGAAGAAAAAACACCACAAAAGAAAAGUAAACGGAGAAAUGAAAGGGCCGAUCCUGGAGAAAAAAUGGCAUUCGUCCACUGAGUUCCCGAGCGAAGUUCGAACAAGUCUGAAAAAGAAACUAUCCUCUUCAUCCUCAGACGAUGCAUUGGGGAACAAAGGACGAGGACAGUUGGAGAAGACACCAGAGGACAGGUGUAAAUCGACGGCAGAAGUGCCAACAUGUUCGAAAGCACUUCCACCAAAGUGGAAUUUAAAACUGAUUCUUAAGACACCAAGGUCAAAAGCAAAAAGAAGCAAAAAAGUCAAAUGAAUAAACUAGACGCAAAGCUGCAAUACCCCCGCUACUUCAAGACAAAAGAAAAUGUUAACCACCGUCAGAAAUAUUUUAGCCCCCUCCCCGGAUUUAACAAGGAUUUUUAAAAGGAUUCAACGGAGCCUAGACAUGCAAGAACUGACCAGAAAGUGGCAAGUUGCACAACAAAUAAGUUAAAUUUAUUUAAUAAAAAAAGAAACAUCUGUCAACAAUAAUUAUAAGUAUAACAAACUUUAACGACAGGGGAAUUUACUUUUCAUCAGGUUGGGGAGUCGUCGUAACAGACACGGUACCUAUGCGUCAUACUUUCUACGUAAUAGAAUGCUCCUGAUCAUACAGCUAAAUUGUUUACUUUAUUUUAUCAUUCUGCAAAGUAACUAAUAAAAUGAACCGUACAAUGAC